AUGAAUCCCGCCUCUGAUUACGGAAUUACGGUUCUUCAUGAGCCAGAUUGUCGCGACGACAUUGUUUUUGACCUUGUAGCUAUUCAUGGGCUCAAUGGCGAUGCAUUCAAGACAUGGACUCAUAAACAGAGCAAAAUAAUGUGGCUCCGGGACUUGCUGCCAAAAGAGCUUCCCAAUGUCCGGAUAAUGACCUUUGGCUAUAAUUCAAAAUUUUACAACAUCACCGGUCAUCAGGACUUGCUGAAUAUUUCCAUGAAGCUUCUUUCCGAGCUUGUGGAUGUGCGCAGCACCGAAAAGGAGAUAGAUAGGCCUAUUGUUUUUGUAUGCCAUAGCCUGGGUGGAAUCGUUCUUAAGAAGGCCCUCCUUAUUCAAGGCAGCAUAGAAGAGAUGGCAGUGCAGAACGCAACUUACGGGGUCAUAUUUUUUGCAACUCCUCACAAUGGCAGUGCUGUUGCAAAUGCCGGAAAGGUGCUUGCUAGCAUCGUUGAUGCCUGUAGUCCUUUUCGGCCAGCACAGACGCUACUAAGCCUGCUUCGGAAGAAUUCAAAAGCCUUGUUAGAAAUCACCAACGCUUUUCUCCAGAAAGCGUGUAAUCUACAAAUCGUCUCUUUCUUCGAAAUGGAGAUGACUCGUUUUGGAAUUUUCAGCCUUCUUGUCGUGGAGCAGCGCUCGGCGAUUCUGAACGUACCUGGCGAAAUCUCAAUUGGUCAAUUUGCAAACCACCGAGAUAUCGCCCGCUUUUCCUCUGUAGCCGAUCGCAACUACAGACCAGUGCUGACGCGCCUGCUGCGAUUUACAAAAGACCUUGCAAAAAUAUGUACUUUAUCGGCCAGCAAUCUUCAAGGAGGCGCCGGCAAAACCAACUGCGCUUUGCAAUACGCUCUUCGAAAUCGCUUCAAGUAUAAAAGUGGUGUUGUUUAUUUUAAUGCGAGUUCGAAGUUAACGCUAAUGGCUGAUUUCCACCGUGUUCACGACCUUCUUAACCUGGGUAAAUCGUCAGACAGGAUAGCGGGUCUAAAGCAGUGGUUCUCUCGACCGAAGAAUCGUAACUGGCUUAUUAUUUUCGACGGUGUUGAUGAUUUGCAAAGCGUUCCAGUUGCUACCUAUUUCCCAAGUUGUGCCUGGGGCCAUAUCGUUGUCACAAGUCGAGACCAAGCUGUUGUUGGCCUAAUAGCUCCGGCAGGACGGACGAUUGAUGUACUCGAGGAACGGGAUGCAAUAGGGCUGCUAUUGGAGAAGGCUGCCAUUGGAAACCCAUCAGCAGACGAUUUCAAGGUAGCAAGUACAAUUGUACGAAGUUUGGGAUGCCUUCCCUUGGCUGUCGAUCAAGCAGGUGCUUUUAUCCGGAGACGCGGAAAGACCCUAAGUGACUACUACCGCCUCCUUAGAACAAAACAAUACGAAGUGUUACGAGCCACGCCCGGCCUUGUCGUCAAUGAAAAGGUGGUUGCCACCGUUUGGGAGCUCAAUUUCCGUCAAUUGGAGAAGGAGUCUGCUGGGGCGUCGUACCUUUUGACACUGUUCUCCUUUCUCGAGCCAGGGAACAUUUCUGAACUAAUGUUGCGUCGAGGCAGCUCAAUAAAAAAAGUUUGGGGGUGUAAUGGCGAAAUUGGAGAGUGUGACCCCAUCGAUGAAGGUUUGGACCCAAUGCUAGCAGAGCUUCUGAGCGAUGAAAUGCAGCUCGAUUAUGCGCUUCAGCAACUGCUUGCCUUCUCGCUGAUUCAAAGAAACAACAUUGGAGCCGAAAGGACAUUUUCAGUUCACCCUCUAGUUCAACAAUGCGCGUCUCAUAGAGUACCGGAUGAUAUACGCCGCAAAUGGCAAGUUCAAGCUAUAUUAUUAGUUGCCCAUGCGUUUCCAUCCUGCACCUAUGUGGAUGAAGAUUUUACGAGUGCAGGCCGCGAUGUAUUCGCGCAUGUCCCUCGUAUUUUGGCAACCUUCGACCAACUUGACCCGGAUUGUUACCAAUACGAUGCGGUUAAGUCAGCGGUUUGUGAGCUGAUACUUUCUACUUUGAAGUUUCAUUCCAAUCCUUGGAGACGUGAGUGUAUUGAUAGGCUGAGGCGCCUCCUGAAGGACGAAAAAGACUGUUAUCUGAAAGCGUGGGCGACUGCAGAAGAAAGCAAAGUAUUGCGUGCGAGAGGGGAAGUAGAGGAAUCCUACAAGACCCUAGAGAAUUUUAUACGUCAGUCUGUGUUGAGUGAUGUAGAUGAAGACUUAGCUCAUGACGCCAGGUGGAAUUCAGCAAAGGGACAUAUCAUUAUCGCCUUUGGUGAGUGUUUAGCGAAAGAAAACGAAUUAUCACGAGCACAAGCGCAGAUUGAACAGUGGAAACCUCUCAAUUUGAAGUCACCUUCCACUAUGGAACGAGUGGUCUUACGAACCCGUGAUGUGGUGCUAGGGAGAAUUCUAAGACUCCAGGGCCUUUUCCCCGCCGCCUUGGAAGUGUACGAAAAGCUACUCAGAGAAAUGUCAGAUGAAGAUUAUAAGGUUAGCUCAGGCUGGCAAACAGCUUUGUUUUCAGCCCUGGCAUAUACAUACUGUGAGGUGGGAAGACCAGGCGACGCAGAAGCGGCGCUUGAAAAGGUACUGGAGGUUAUCUAUGCUCGCGGGUGGGAGAACAUCGCCCUGGGAAAACAAACUCGAAAAGCCUUGUCUGAGAGUUUUCUUCGACGGGGAAUGUUUAAGAAAGCCGAACUGUGUCUUUUUGAACUCCUUCCCGCUGCUGAAGCCGAAAUCGACCCAACCAUGUUUGGGAAAAGCACCCAUGCUUGCCUUUGGAUUGGACUGGCAAGGAUAUCCCAUCUGCAAGGCGAAUGGCAUGAAGCUUUAGAUCGGUGGAAGAAAGCGUUAACAAUCGUGGAGAGUAUGAUGACGACGGGAUUUACUCAUGGGGUUGUCCUCCACUCCAUUGCCCAGGUACAGUUCCAGCUUGGGUGCUUGGAGGAAUCGCAGGUCUCUCUGAGGCAGGCAAAAGAAAGCCUAGCUUUCGAGGGUCGAAAAUACUGGAUCGUUGGUCUCGGUACCUAUUGGUAUGACUAUGUCGUGACUAUGCUGGGGAAGACGGGCCCAAGCCCCGUCGUAGUGUAA